UGAGGUGCUCAAACAAGUUUUUGACCAAGCAAUCUCAAAGCUGAACCCCGAGAACAAGGCCUAUAAAUAUCACGUUAGGAGAAGAAGACAUGACAAGACAAGCUAAAAUCCGAGAAAGAUGGAUCAGUGCACAGGGAAGAGCUCGUGGCCGGAGCUGGUGGGAGUGAAGGGAGAGACGGCGGUGACGACGAUCGAGUGUGAGAAUCCGACCGUCAAAGCUGUCAUCGUCGAGGUUGGAUCGGUAGUUACUGCGGAUUUCCGCUGCGACAGGGUGCGGGUUUGGGUUGACAAGGCUGGAAUCGUCGCGGAGAUUCCUCGUAUUGGGUAGAUGGUGACAAAUAUGUCUGGAUAUGUAUUGGAAUCUUAAAUAAGGGAGGCAGAUGCCAUUGUGCCACCGACAUGAAUAAAAGUUAAUGGGUUCGAUCGCAA